AUGGAUGAGCUCAAUCCGGUAAUUGAGCUAGCUCUCUCAAAUUUAGAGCUGAAGUCGAAUGAUUCACGGGAGCAGGAAGAAAAGGAGCAGGAGCAACAAGAACUGAAGGCACCGUCUCUAAACCUCAUCGCUGAAAGCGCAUUUGCUCGACCUCAAAAUGACAUAGACAACAACAAGCAAUCUACCACAAGUAACAAGCAGGACUAUUACACAGCAGUUCAAUGGACAGCCGAUGGUACAUCACUCCUCCUCUCUUCCGCCCUCAACUCAAUUUCCACCUUUGUGCUCCCUGAAGAUCUGCUCGACCCAUCAGCCUCUCGUCCGCGACGUCUCGAGUCGCAAUCAACAAUAACCCUCCCUGAGCCUUCUCAAACUGUUGCCGCAGCCCCCUUCUACUCCCUAGCUGAGCCAAGCUCACAAACUGUACUCGUUGGAUGCCGCGAUCAUCCUCUUCAGCUGUACCACCUCUUCCCUCCCGAUGAUGAUAGUAUCGCGUCGCGCUCUGCCCCACUUGCUUCGUAUAAGUUAAUACGUCGCGAAACGGAAGAGUACAUCACGCCCUCAUCUCUUCUCUGGGAAGGUUCCGGGACUCAUUUCCUUGUUGGAUCGACAAAUCGUCUUGAUCACUUUGACAUGACACGGCCAGGUUCAGAUGGCCCAGUGCUCACUAUACCCACCAUCCCCUCCAAACGCCAUAUCUCAAAGGGAAGCGGCGUUGGCAUGAAGGGCACUGUCGCUGCUCUAGCAUCUUCACCUGUGGAUGGCAAUGGAAACUCUGUCGUUGCAGCGGGAACCUGGACGCGGUGGAUGGGACUGUACGAUGUGCAUCGGUCAGACAAGGUCGUGGCUAAUUGGUCUCUCCCACGACCAGACGAUAUAGAGGGAGGUAUUGGAGGCCAAGGCAUUGUUCAAGUCCGCUGGAGCCCUUGUGGCCGUUAUCUCAUCAUCAGUGAGCGUCACGCCUCUGGCAUGAUCGUAUACGAUAUCCGCGGCACAGGCGAACUUCUCUGCACCCUUCGAGGACGAAGCGCACCCACGCAGCAGAAGAUGUCAGUGGACGUCUUUUCAGGUGACCCAUACGCCGAGUUCCCAUCCUUUGAAGUCUGGGCAGGGAAUCACGACGGCGGCGUCGCAGUCUGGGAAGGUGUUGGCAGCCAGAUUGGUGUUGUAGAUCCCUCGUGGAGUUGGAAGCCGCAUGACGCGCCAGUCGGAGGCACGUCUCUGCAUUCUAGUGGCUCUGUCGUAGCAACAUGUUCGGGAGGAUGGGGUUUUGGGGAUGAGUCUGAAGCUCAGACUGUGUUUGACGAAUCUAGUGUCAAGAUCUGGUCAAUUGGAGGUUGA